UCCCACACAUUUGCCCAACCACACAUGCGCCCAGUCGUCUGUGUGUGUGCGCGUUGUAUGUAUCCCAAGCCCCAAUCCAACCAACCACUUCCGCAAUCUUCUUAACCAACCAACCAAGCAACCCACAACCAAACCAUCCCCAACCCAAGGCCCCCAACCCCAAGAACCAAGGAGGAAGACGACGAUGAAGAGGGAGGGAUGGCAGCACGGCGCGGUCCGGGUCAACCGCAGCAAGCUUCUGCGGAUCGAGGCGGCGGCGGAGAAGGCUGGGGAGGCGGCGGUGGUCGCGGCGCCGUCGAAGCCGACGAACGCGUCGAGGAUCACGGGCAAGUGCCGGCGGCCGCGGUGCCGCGGGUGCCACGACCACCCCGCGGACAAGGCCCGGGACAAGGCGAAGGGGGCGCACAAGCUCCGGGCCUGCGACGUCGCGCUCAACCACCGCCUCGUGUCCUGGCGCGUCGUCGACAGCGCCGGGGCGUGGGCGGCCGGCACGGGAAUCCCGGACUACAAGGGCGCCUCCGCGUCCGCCGUGCUGGCCUACCUCGCCGGGGGGAGCAGCUACCACGAGGACGACGACGACGGGGGCGCCCCCGCCCUGGAAGCCGCCCCGCCGGCCAGCGGCAGCGGCCUCUCUGACCUGUACGACCUCAUCGUCGGCCACCACGCCGCCGCCCGCCAAGAGCCGGACACGGCGCGCGCCACUGACAUAGAAGUAGCAAACAAGGACGGAAUCGAGGAGGAGCCGGAUCAAGAUGCAGCAGCAGCGUCUGGUGAAGAGGAGGAAGAAGACGACAUGGGCUUCUUCAUGGUGGGGAUCACAAUUGCGCUGGAGUUCUCAGAUGGGGAGGAAGACUGGAUCGUGGUGGAGGAGAUCUGAUCCGAUCUCGGUCAGUUCGAUCAAGAAUUGCAAAAUAAAGAAUGCAAGAGAGGUCAUCCAUCCAAUCCAAUCAUCCAUGUGUUGGCUCUGUAUGAUCCUGUCUCUCCCAUCUGCUGGUGGUGUUCAUAUUAUUGUUGCUCCAGUCGAUUGUGUCCAUGUGUAUAUGGUGACUUUUAAUCAUCGCUUAAUUUAGUUGUGGUCAAUUAAUUGGUCAUGGAUUAUGAUGCAUGAUUCAAAACCUGAAUUUAUCUCAUGUGUGAAUAAAAUGGAGAAGGGAACUAUUCUUCUUCACUUGUUGGUU